AUGCGUUCAUUCGUUACCUGCACCGUCCUGGCCACCGUCGCCUCCAUGGCCGUCGCCCAGGUCCACCCUCGCUUCGAGUACCCCGACUCCGUUCCCGCCGUUGAGAAGCGCCAGGAGCCCGGCACUCCGCGCUACCAGUGCCACGAGGACUGCGGUCUCCUCAUCACGCUCGGCCGCCAGGACGGCUUCUGCACCAACUCGGAGUGGAACGAGCGCUACGGCCGCUGCAUGAGCUGCGCAAACACCUACGCCAUCUGGAUGUACUACUCCUCCGGCGUCACCUCCGCUGCCGCAAAGUGCGGCCUCUCCCCGACCCCCAGCCCCUCCGGAGGCGCCGUCGAGACCACCGCCGCAGCUACCAGCGCCGCCCCCGCCCCGGCUACCACCACUGCCGCUCCCGCUCCCGCCACCACCACCGCUGCCGCGCCUCCGGCUGCGUCUUCCAGCUCUGCUGUCGCUGAGUCCUCGGCCCCUGCUGCCUCUACCUCGGCCGCCGGCGCCCCCGCCACCACCCUCUCCACCGCCGCCUCUGCCUCUGGCUCCGCUUCUGCUUCCGCUUCCGGCGCCGCGACUACCUCUGGCGCCGCUGCCGGUACCUCCGCGGCUACCGUCACCCGCGUCACUUCCAUCGGAACCUCUGUCGUUAUUCCUUCCGGAACCGCCACCCCCAGCACCCCCGUCUUCGCCGGUGCCGGCAAGAACGCCGCUGCCAUGGGUCUCGCCGCCGUCGGCCUGGCCCUCGCUGCCUUCUAA